UCUGAGCUGAUUUUCCCGACGCGCGGUCGCCUUUUUUUUGCUGGAUUAACAGAGUGGAGCGGAGCGAACUGUGUGUGUGUGUGUGUGCGCAUGCGUAAAGCCCAGAGCAAGACGGUUUCGGUGGAAAAGCAAAGUCUGCGGCGAACCGAGAGUUUUCUUUUUUCGUGCGCCGUCGUUGCGCAUGCGUGGGCCGCAAGAAAGCGCCAGCUAACUGAAAACAAAAGUGAAAUCCUUAGCCACCGUAAUAACAGCCUAGUGGCAGGAUCACCGCUCCAGUGACAGCUCCAGAUCAUAUAAGAAAAAGCGAAAGUGCAAGAGUACAAGUGUUGGCCGAGAGUGAAAGUCCGCGUCGAUCCUCCAUCUAUUCCACUGCCAUGUCACUGCCCAGACACUCGAAGGACACCUGGCUGCGGCUCCUCGUGGUCGGUGUGGUCUGCGCGGGCUGUGCUCUGGCCGGCGUCUCCGGCCUCGGCUAUCCGAGUGCCCAGCAGGAGCACGACAUGCUCAUCCUGGACGCCCUCUCCCGCCGCAGCGGCACCGGAUACUAUGGCGAGAACAGCGUAAUGGAGAUGCUAUCCCGAAUGAUACCGCAAUCGUGCCGCUUUCGUGGCCACAAGUUCGAGUGCGGCCUGUCCAUCUCAUGUGUCUUGGGCGGCGGCAAGCCCCUGGAUCUGUGCUCUGGCGGCAUGAUCUGGUCAUGUUGCGUCGACAAAGAUCUCGAUGCCGAGGAGAGUCCGCAUGCCGCUCCAGUUAACAAUACGAGUGACAUAAUACACUUGCAUGACAUUUACCCCGAUCUGUCGCCGAACGCAAACAAGCCACAGCACCAGCAGCAGCAGCAGCAGCACCACCACCAACAUCACCAGCACCACCACAGCAGCAGUGGCAACGGCCUGUCGGCGGCCUCAUCCACAUCAUCCACCUCAUCCUCAUCCUCAUCCGCCUCCGCAUCAGCGGGCCGGCCAUCCUACAGCGGCAGCAGCAGCAACAACAACAACAAUUACUACAGCACCAAGCGUCCCACGCUGUACGGCGGCUCCAAUCCGUACAAGCCGGGACGUCCCUCGUCCACUCUGAAUAACUGGGAGCACGAGACGGGGUCCGUCAGUGGCAUCACCAAUCAUCUGGACAGCUUCUUCGAUGCCGAUGGCCCAGUGCCCUUGGAUCCAGCGGGAGGACCGCAGCAGCCGCCGCCACCCCACGAGCUGCUGCCCAAUGCCCAGGCCUUUGCGGUGGGCAAUGUCCUGGACCUGAAUGCGGGCGAGGCGGCCGACGAGUAUCAGAGUGGUGGAGGAUAUCACGAGUCCAGUUAUCGACCAGUGCCGGGCUGUGGAGAGGUGUACACCCGCUCCAAUCGCAUUGUGGGCGGCCACUCGACAGGAUUUGGCUCGCAUCCCUGGCAGGUGGCCUUGAUCAAGAGCGGUUUCCUCACUCGGAAGCUGAGCUGCGGCGGUGCCCUGAUCUCAAACCGUUGGGUGGUCACGGCCGCCCACUGUGUGGCUACCACCACCAACUCGAACAUGAAGAUACGCCUGGGCGAGUGGGAUGUGCGGGCGCAGGAGGAGCGCCUGAACCACGAGGAGUACGGCAUUGAGCGUAAGGAGGUGCAUCCCCACUACAAUCCGGCGGACUUCAAGAACGACGUGGCUCUGAUACGCCUGGACCACAACGUGGUCUACAAGCAGCACAUCAUACCCGUCUGCCUGCCGCCGGCGUCGACCAAGUUGACGGGCAAAAUGGCCACCGUGGCGGGUUGGGGGCGGACGCGGCACGGCCAGAGUACGGUGCCGUCGGUGCUGCAGGAGGUGGAUGUGGAGGUCAUCUCCAACGAUCGCUGCCAGCGAUGGUUCCGCGCUGCGGGACGACGGGAGGCCAUCCACGAUGUGUUUCUCUGCGCCGGCUACAAGGAGGGUGGCCGGGACUCCUGCCAGGGCGACUCCGGUGGUCCUCUCACCCUCACCAUGGACGGCCGCAAGACGCUGAUCGGCCUGGUCUCCUGGGGAAUCGGCUGCGGCCGGGAGCACCUGCCGGGCGUCUACACGAACAUCCAGCGCUUCGUGCCCUGGAUCAACAAGGUGAUGGCCAACGACAAUGCGUAGUGCGGGACGCGGCCCGCCCCUGGACCAGGGGAGCAAACUGAAUUGGAAGACUGCACCUGUUGUGCGGUGUCCGUCGCGUUGCGGGGAUGGUGAUGGUGAUGGUGAUGGAGCGCCCCCAGCGUCCGCAUCUCGGGAGCCAGGCCAUGUGAUUCCUCUACGACUCGGGGUUGCUAGUGUGUAAGACGAAGGUCGUCGCCAUCGCGGGCCUUGUAUUUAUUUUAAUCUAAUUCCAGUUUCCAGGGACCCCCUAUCCCGAUCCGAACCCCGCCCCCUAUUCACCCCUGCAUUCAUUUGUUGUUCGGCUUAAACUUUCCCUUUUUUUUUUUUUUUUACACUGUUCGACGAACGAUUCCUACGAUAGACAUUCACUUACAAAACCAUCAUAUUUAUA